AUCACAUGAUUGAACCCGGGUGGCAGACAGCUGAUUCAAAACCGAUAACUUGCCUUGUUUAUGUUCUCUGCGUGGCUCUGUUGUGUGUCUGAGUUUUUUUUUCUUUUUAAAAUGAAUAGCCUUUACUACAGUCUCGCUGUAUUUUUGUUGGCGGUAUUUAGUUUGAAACAAGAGACGGCGCAUGGGGCUUAUAUUCCUCAAUUAAAUCAGGACACGUCUGUGUCCGCGUUUAUAAAGUUUUUGGAACAGGCUAUACUUGUGCGUUCAGAAGAAUUCAACGCGGAUAAUGCCAGGCACUUCGGCCCUCGUUUUCCACAGAAAGAGGAAAAGUUCCAGAGUGGCACAGCUGCUCACCGAGCUUCUGAGCCCAAAUUUGAAGAGAAAUAUUUCCAGCAAGUGGUGGACCACUUUAAUUUCAACAGUCAUGGCGAUAAUACCUAUCAACAGCGCUACUUAAUACAAGAUCAAUACUGGAAGAAGGGUUACGGACCGAUAUUUUUUUACACUGGCAAUGAAGGAGACAUUUGGGAGUUCGCUCUUAACUCUGGGUUUAUUUCCGAGUUGGCUUCGGAGCAUCAUGCGCUGGUCAUUUUUGCUGAGCAUAGGUAUUAUGGCAGGUCGCUUCCUUUUGGUAAUUCAUCUUUUGAGCUUCCUAACGUUGGACUCCUGACGAUUGAACAAGCCUUGGCGGAUUAUGCAGUCAUGAUUACAGAGCUGAAGAAACAGCUUGGUGCCCCGGAUUGCCCUGUGAUUGUCUUUGGUGGGAGUUAUGGAGGGAUGUUGAGUGUUUAUAUGAGACUAAAAUAUCCCAAUAUAGUAACUGGAGCUCUUGCUGCCAGCGCCCCUAUCCUCUCUACUGCCGGGCUGGGAGACCCCAAGCAGUUUUUCCAUGAUGUGACUGCAGAUUUUGAAAGUUACAGCUCUGUUUGCGCCAAUUCAGUGAGGAAUGCAUUUCUGCAGAUUGAAGAAUUAGCCAAGCGGCAAGAGUACCAGAAGAUUAGAGAUGAAUUGUCACUCUGUCGGGCACCAUCUUCCGAUAAGGAUAUUCACCAGCUGUACGGGUUUCUGAGAAAUGCCUUCACCUUAAUGGCAAUGCUCGACUACCCGUACUCUGUAUCAUUCAUCCAGGAACUUCCUGCUAACCCAGUCAAGGUUGCCUGUGAAACUAUGCUUAAUAAAACUGACCUUGUGAAAGCACUGCAAGAUACAGUAGGAAUCGUUUACAAUCUUACUGCCAGCGUUGGUUCUGGCAAGUCCACAUGCUAUGAUAUUUACACACUGUACGUCGAGUGUGCUGAUCCAACUGGCUGCGGCCUGGGCUUCGACAGUCUCGCGUGGGAUUAUCAGGCUUGCACAGAAGUAGAUCUCUGCUAUGAAAGCAACGGUGUUACUGAUAUGUUCCCUUUUCUGCCUUUCACCGAGCAAGACCGAGAAAAGCACUGCAUGGAAAAGUGGGGUGUUGUUCCCCGACCUGGAUGGCUGAAAACCCAGUUUUGGGGAGAUGCUCUAACUUCUGCUACCAAUAUUAUAUUCUCCAAUGGGGAUCUUGAUCCCUGGGCAAACGGAGGCGUAAGGAAAAGUCUGAGCCCUUCUCUGAUUGCCAUAAAUAUUGCUGAUGGCGCUCAUCAUCUGGACUUAAGGGGGUCAAAUCCUGCCGAUCCGGCUUCUGUGAUAAAUGCUCGUAAAAUGGAGUCGAAGAUCAUAGCCGAGUGGGUGAAAAAGAAAGAGACAAAUGUUUUCUAACACGUUUUUGUUUAAAACAUAAGAGACUGAUCGUGUAAAGCUGUUGUUGCACACAUGUACAAUCCGUACUGCUUCUUGCAUGAAAAGAACUCCAGGGUGACAAUCACAAGCCCUACAAUAAAGAGAACCUGAAUGUUUAGCAAAGUAAGUAUUUUGCACUGACCUUUGUAAUUGCAAGUUCUUGAUCAGAGGAAUGUGAAAUUCUUAGCACAUACAAAAUGAUCUUUGACACAACCGUGUUCUAUAACAAUAAAAUCUGCUUCUGGAUGUGGGCUUCAUUUUGUAUCUGGAUUAAGAGUUAUUAAGUGUUUAUGUUCUUGCUAAGAAUCUCUUUUUUCUGGCUAUUAAAACCUUUAACACAGUUUAAAAUAAAAACAAGAGCAAUGUUUUAAAAUUUUUAAUUAAUACAGCCCAUAAUUACACCACAAAAACCGUCAUUAUAUACAGAUAUCAUUACAAAGCCUGUAUUCUUUCUCGUUCAAACAGCAGUUAAGAAAGAACAAAAACAUUGAGCAUCACUCUAGCAUUAAGGGGUUUUUCUUUUUUU